AUGGCCAGAGCAAGAUCCUCUGGCAAGUACACCGUCAGAUCUAGAGGCAGGAAAGUCUCUUCCAAGCCCACAAGCCAGUUACAGAUAUUUCAUGGAUCUAUCGAUGAUCGAGAUCAACUCGCAGACGAAGAUGAUGCCCCUUUGCCAGCUUUAAACAACAGCUGCUCAAAUAACAGGACUUUGGGCGACGACUGGACCGCACCGGGUUCCAUUUUGAACCCGUCGUCGGAGCGAAGUGGACAUUCGAGCGAAAAUAAAUCGACCCUCCCAGUGGGACACAGCACUCUGGGCCAGGGCUGGAACGACGCUGCGGGUGAAUUUGGUGAGACCCCUGAAAACGAACAAUCUGAAGCUGUCAAUGUCAAACAGGGAAACGGCAAGAGUUCGUCUCCAUUCACUCUCAAGGAGCCACAGCGUAUCCGGCCCCCAAGGAAGUCUGGGAUGAUCGCCCUAGAUCAAUCACAGAACACCAUGGCGAUGGAUUUUGACGACACUGCGCAGUCGGAAGACGCUUCCUUCCUCCAUGAUGCAGAAGAUGCGCUUGACGAUAUCUUCGUGCCGUCCUCGAGCCUGGAAACGAAUAAGAACUCGCAGAAGAAGGAGCAGAAAUCAAAGAGUCAGCACGGGUUGAAGAAGAGAUCUAAUGGACGUCACCAGAUCGGUCAAGGAAAGCCUGCCGUUGUUGCCCCAAAACCGAAGAAGGCACCGAUGUCUAAAAAAUCCGAAGUUACUGAUGCCGGCACUGAUGCCGGCACCGAUACCCAAGGACAGGCCGCUCGCGCAGGAAAUACAAACCAACCGGCGCAAGUGAAAGCCCCUCUGCACUUAAACCAACCCCAGAACCCAGGAGUGCCUCCCGAGUAUCGUCAUCAUGCGAUCAAGAAGGCAAAGGAGAUGACCGACCCUUCCGUUCAGCGCAAGAGACCCAGGCAGAUAGCCAAGACUCCAUUCCGGGACUCGGCCAAAAACAACGAUGUCCCGAGUAUCAAAAAUCAUCGCGAUCUACCUGAAAACGGUCUGCUUUCCCUUGAGGACGAAACACAGAUCGUGGGUUCGCACAAUGAUCUAAUGGGCCAGGUCGAUACGGAUCUCACGACCCCAUUACUGCUACAAACCACUGCUUCAGAUUGUAUACCUGGACCGGCGCAAAGAGGGAGCCAACACAAUUGUAACGUCUUAUCUAGCCCUGAUUCGAAUGAGACCGAUCACAUGCUGAAGCUGGGGACUCUCGACCCUUCAACGAUAAUGACGACGUUCUCCAGCUCACCUGCUUGCCAAACAUCGCAACGUAGACUGCCAAGCGACUUUUCGGUGUUGGACGCCUUCAACGACAAUGACUUUCGGGAAAUGACGGGCAAAUCGAAACGCGUUGUUACAUCAAAAAUAAAUUGUCAAGUCACUCGCAACGACGCAGAACUGAGCCCAAUGAGACUUGGAGCCGGCACAGCAGCGACGAAGCCUGCCGACCGGAGCCAUGACCAUGACGCGAAGCGCGUUCCGAACCCUGUCCAACCAGACCUUGAGUCCACCAAACUACCGAGAAAACAUCUCAAAAAAUACACUGCUGCCGCUGCUGCCACACCCCACGACGGGACAAUCUCCAUCUCGUCAGAUGAGAGCUCCGCCACGAGUGCCAUGAACUCUGCCGAGGUUGUCGCUCCGAACCCCAAAGUUCUCACGGGCUCAGGUCAAAGAUCACCAAACAAGCGUGCUGCCAUUGCCAUUGCCUCCAUGGGCGGCCAAAACAAACGCAUGAAACGGAACCAGGAUUCGAUCCCAACGCCUGGCAUGGUAGAUGAUUCUGGAGCGACAAACAUCAAGGUUUUGGCCGAGGACGGAGACCACUCGCCAGUCGGCGCAGCUUUUAUCAAGCAGACGACCGAAAUUGGGACUGGGCACGAUGUCACUGACAACAGGAAAUCCGAAGGAUUUACACAAGAGCCUCUACUCACCCGAGAUGAACGCGUUAUGGGCUUUCCUCAGGAAUCGACAGUGGCAUCCGUUUCUGCUAGCGACAUUGGCCACAUGACCUUAGAUACCUAUCAUCACGAAAGGGACUUACAACGAAUGGAUGACGCAACCCGAAUUAAAACAUCAAGCAGACAGGUGCCUGAGCAGCUUGCGUCUGCUGGCGGGUGCGGCGCACCUUUGCGUAGGCUGUCUCGUACCAGGUCCAUGGUCGACGAGCGUGGCAGUCCGAAACCCGAAGAGUUUAUGACCUGCGCGAACCAAAAAGCACCCAACCUCAACGAUCGGAGAAGGAAGGGUCAGCCUGCCGAAAAGCCUCCAGCAUGGAAGAAGCCCUUGAGAAAGAUACAACCGGAGUUCGGUGCGAUUCAACAGGAGACCACUGGUAUACAGCCAGCCUCGGGCGCAGACUAUGAACAUUUCUUGGAUGCGACUGGCUGUACCCACCCAGCCGAGUCUAUGCCGGAAGUGGAACGACACAACAAACCUGUCGCGCGGACAGAUGCUAAACCAAUAGACAAGCUGACUUGUUUCCAAAAACCAGCAACUCUGACUGCUCUGGCAUAUAACUCGAACGCCGUGUACAAAAAAAGCCUUGCGCAACCAGGUACAUCAGCGGAUUGGCAUGCCCUAUCUAACAAGCACACUGGGCGACCAGCCGGAAUAUCCGCUUUCCUUCGCGGUGAUGCCCAUCGAGAGAAUCUGAAACCUUUGAAGUCUUUGCACAUCCCAGGCCAGCUCCAGGGCGUAUCUGUGAGCGCACCCCAUUUACAUGGUCACUUUGAAGGAUAUCAUGAUGGUAAUGACGGUAUUUUGAGAAACGAUGGAACUAUGAACCGGGACAUACCUACACGAGGUCACGCUGCAUUCCAAUCUGAGGACCGAUUCCCUGCAGCGGUGCACGGGAUCAUUGAAAGAUGCCGCAAGAUGGAUACCUUGAUCCACGACCUCGUACAAAAGGGUCAGAAGGACGCAGCUAAAUCUGCCCACCACAGCAGCAAAUUAGAGGCUGAACGAACGCUUGACGCCCUGCAGCGGCUCAAAUGCAACCAUCACAAUGACACGUUUGGCAAGCAUACUCCGCCUAUAUGUAAGGACUUGGUCUCGUAG